AUGUCGUACGCAUCUCGCCAAUCGAUUCUGCCCUCAUCGAGACAGUCGACAUUCGGUCUAGGAGGCAGCACUUCCUCGAACAAUGCCCUACAACAAAGGAUCAUACAGAAGAGAGCCGAGCUAGAAAACCUCAAGCAAUUACGAGAUCUCAGUGGCAACCUUGCAACUCAGAUGGCAGAGCUCGAGUCCAAAUUGGCGACUCUCCGAGAUGGUGCAGAGGCAGUCGCGUGCGUUCUACAGAACUGGGAAGGAGUGAUGAGUGCUAUCAGCAUGGCAAGCACGAGGGCUGCGUCAACGUUGGUCCCCACGGGAAAGAGCAAUGGAGCGAGUGCUGAGCCCGAGUUGCCAGUCACUUUGGUACGCAUACCGGUAGGAGACACCGAUGGGAGCAAGCAGCAGCCAGCUACAUGA